AUGCACGACGCCGUCCUCCGCGAUCCAUCCCACUUCCGCCACGAUCUCGUCCUGACAGCGGCGACAUUGCAGGAACUGCACGAUCUUUCGGAGCCACAAUUCUGGACCAAGGAGCCCGUUAUCGAGUCUGCGCUCAAGGCCCUUAUGAGCAAUGUGGCCCAUCAAGACCCCUCCCUGAUGCAUCUGAUCGAUCGAGUCUGGCGGCUUUUGUCGAUCAAGAGGCGGCUGAAACUCGAAGCCGCCGUGAGAGCCGAGCUCGUUGAGCUUCUGCCUCGAUAUACCCUUGUCGAGAAUAUGCGGGUGCUCGAGAUGUGCAAUCGUCUCAAGAUCCUGUCCCGAGACUUUUGUCAAGUGCUGGCUCGGUCUAUUGAGGGCAACAUCGGCAGCAACGCAGCCGUCUCGGACGGCGACCUGCUUGCCAUCAUCUGCUUCUGUGUCAGGUCCGGCAUCCUCGACACUGGCUUCUUCGACAUGGCUACUUCUCGCUUCGUAGGCCACCUCUCGGGGCUCUCCAACCAGGCCCUUGCGGACUUGAUCUGGGCAUUUGUCUGCGCAGAAAGGGCAGCACCCAUGUCGGUGGAAAUGGCCGAAGAGCUGCUUUCGCGCCGGCUCUCGUCAUUCGCCCCGUCCGAGUUCGCUCGCCUGGCAGUGUCGCUGGCAAAGUUCGACCCUGGUGCUCCUCAGCUGCGGGCCAUGGCCGUGCAAGUCAUCGAAACCGACCAGCAUCAAUACAGCGAUCAAGACCUCGCCGAUGUGAUCUGGUCCAUGUCAACUCUGCAGAUCCAGUCCCCCGCGCUGUGGACAAUCCUGCUGGCCAAGCUGCGAUCUCGGCUCGGCAACAUAGAGGCCGAUGCACUCUCCAAGGUGGCAUGGUCCCUCGCCCACAUGCGAAUGAACCCGAAUGGGAUUUUCAGCCAGAUCGCGACCGCUAGCAUGGUCCGGCUUCCCGAGUUCAGCGGCGACCAGCUCUCGGUGCUGCUGUAUUCCUUCGCCACGAUGCGCAUCCGUGCCGACACACUCUUCGACUCGGCACUCCCGUGGGCCAUCCGCAAGUUGCCUUCGCUCGAUGACUGCGGACUGUCGAACCUGCUGUGGGCUUACUCUUCACAUGGAAUCAAGGCACCCGAGCUCUUUGAGCAGGCGCUUCCCUAUAUCCACGAUCGGCUGCCGCAUUUUGAUGCAAAGACUCUCAAGAGUAUCAUCGUCAACUAUGGCUACCAACGGCCGGCCUAUCCCGACCUGUUUGAUGCCGCAAGCAAGCACAUCCUGAGUCACGUCUCCGAGUACCCGGUCGGCGACCUCACCAUGAUCGCACUUGCGUAUGCGUCUCACUCGAUUGCGUCGCCACAGCUGUUCAAAGAAAUCUCGCGGAUGGCCCUUCCAAAGUUGGCACGGCUGAGCGAGAAGGAGCUGGCCUUGAAUCUGAUCUGGUCCUUUGCCAAGCUGGAUAUCCGCGACCGCCCGCUCUUUGAUCAGGCUGCCCGAGUCAUCGCCUCUCGGAUCAAUUCGUAUUCCACACGAUCGCUCGCCGUGGUCGCAUGGUCGUUUGCGACCGUGGGAAUCCCAGCACCAACCCUCUUUGCCAAGCUCGCAUCCGCAUCGAUACCUGUCGUGCACCGAUUCAGAAAUGAAGAACUCAUCCUGAUGCUGCUGUGGUCCUUCGCCAAGCUCAAGAUCCGGUCUGAGCCGCUGUUUUUGGCUGGAUCCGAUCACCUGGUCAAAAACAUGGCAUCGAUGCCGCCUGCACUCCUCCCACUCAUCGUCUGGUGCUAUGCCACCCUCAAAGUCGAUUCUCCCAUUCUGUUCUUCAAGGUCGCCGAUGCUGUUCUUCCAUACCUCGACGACCUAUCUCCGGGCCAGCUGAGUUCAUCGCUACUAUGGGCCUUUGCCAAGCUGCGAAUCCCCAGCCCCAGGCUGUUCGCAGAGGCUGCCGACGCAAUCCUGACCAAUAUUGAGAACUAUCCGCUCCGCAACCUUGCCAAUGUCUCCUGGUGCUAUGCCACGAUGGAAACAUACAAUCCUGCGCUGUUCGGGCGUUUGUCCGAGCUGAUACUGCCUCGGAUCGACAGCGUCUGCCCGCAGACCCUGUCCAUCUUUGUCUGGUCGCAUGCAAAACUCAAGCAACACAACCCGCCCUUAUUCGAGGCGGCCUCGCGGAUCGUAUGCCGCAAUGCCGAUGAAAUGUCCAUCCAGCAACUCGCCCUCCUUGCUUGGUCCUAUUCGCAGAUGAGUAUCGACGAUCCUGAGCUCUUCCGAGCCAUCCAGGCAUCGUACACCAAGCGGCUGUACACUCUCCUCCCUUACCAGAUCUCCGAGGUUAUCUUUGCCCUGGGGCGGCAACAUCAAGCGUUCCCAUACUCGAGUCUCUACCUUGACAGGGAGUUUUGCCGCCAAACUGCCGCCGUGGCUCGGCUCAAGUGGUCGAGGUUCCAGUUUACGGACUGUGUGCAUUUGCUACGUGGAUAUCAGUGGCUUGGAUUCGAGGCCGAGGAUGUCACUUGGCUGCGCGCGAACACCAGUCCACAGGUGGUGGAGAGACUCUCGCGAAGCAGCAGCAGCAGCAGCGGAGGCGGAGCGGAUCGGCGGUAG